GUAAGCACUUUUAAACUAAAAAAAGUCAAAUACCCAUGCACUAACUUACUAGCACUGUUUAUAAGCUACCUAUUACAAAUAUUAUAGAAUAUUAAAGUGUCUCAAUGCAUUACGGCAUCAAAUUUAUUAUUUUAUUCUUUAUUUUUAUAUCGGAUUACUUAAUUUUUCUCAUAUUUAUAAGGAAUAAAAAUGUAUGUAAUAUUAUGUAUCUAUGUAUAACAAAAAAAUACCUUUAUGGUAUGACCGGUUCACGAGUACGUGGAGAAAUAAAAGUCUGGAGGGACUAGGCAAUGUGUACGCAUUCAACAUAAAUACUGAGACGUUGGAGACACUAUUUAUCAGUUGACAGUUAUCGUGAUAAUUGUUCACGUGCAUCUCAAAUCUAUAAACGCAAACCGAGUACGAACAAAUCACAAUGAAUAUCCAGAUUAUCGUUUUCGUCGCAUGCUUGUCAUCCGCCAUGUCACAAUACGUCGUUCCGGCAUAUCCCGCUUACCACGUGGCACCGGCAAAGGCUUACGUUCCAGUUGCACCCGUCAACGAACCGACGCCGUACAGCUUUGUGUACAGCGUAAACGACCCGAGCACUUACGACGUCAAGAGUCAGGCCGAGUCCAGCGACGGCAACGGUAACGUAAAAGGCUUUUACAGCCUCUUGGAAGCCGACGGUUCUACGCGCACCGUCGAGUACACCGCGGACGACUACACCGGAUUCAAUGCCGUCGUCAAAAAGGAAGGCGGAUACGCUUCCGACGUCACUUAUAAACCUACAGCAGCUCCCUACAAGCCGUACUGAGAAAUUGGAAGAGAGAGAGAGUGACGGCCAAUCGCCACACGACCUUCGUCCUCGACGUUUAUAAUCCACGUGCCGCGCGCGUUUCCGGCCGCGUCGCCGCUGACACAUAUUCAGUCAUUAUACUAUUAUAUUAUUAUAUAUUUUAAUAGUUCAACGAAUAUUAUUAUUGUACCAACACGUUCUAUAGUUAGCUGUUGCAUGGACAGCAGUUCGCGUACCUACCCAUACUCAUAUAGCUAUAGGUCAUUAGAGCGGUUCGUACACUUUAAGAUUAUAACUAUUAGUUACCUUGUAAAUAAUUAUAGGCUAUGAUUUAUUUGAAACCAAUUUGAAGUUGAUAUUUAUUUGUAUAUUAUGUACGUUUAUCUGCAUUUAUUAUUAUUAUUAUUAAAAUAUUGACACAAUAUAAUAAUAUAUUAUAACAGAAAAUGAAAA